AUGGUAGCUAUAAGAUUGUCAAAUGUACCGAGGAGGUUGCAAGAGAGCUGUUCUUCGCUCCAGAAGAAAUGUGACUACAACAUCAAAUCAGAGACUGUGUACCGCCUGCUAUCACUGAUCGGGACGGUCAUGUUGAUGCUAGGCGUCAUAGCACUCGCCAAUGCUAAGCUCCAGCUACAAUUCGGAUGGGCGGGCGCAUUCAUCAUCAUAAACAUUGCGCACUGGGUCGCCGCCGCCCUUCCACAAAGCUCACAUUGGGAUCUCUCAUGCUACAACUACGAUAUAGUCACCUACCCCGAGGAAGAAGAGCAAUGUCCCCCAGCAGAAGAAGGCCAAAAGAGCCCAAUAAGCAAAUUGACACGCACGCUGCAGAAAAUGCUCCAGGAUAAGCCAGACCAAAAGCCAAAGUCAAAUUUCACAAUAGCCCUCUGGAAAGCCAUCCUCCUCACGAAAUCCAUCGCAUGGGUGCCGCUGAAAGAAGCCGCGCCUUCCACUGUCGUAUGGGAUGAGUGGCUUGUCGAAGCCGAGAUCAAAGCGAAACAGCUCUGGAAGGAAUUGCAACAAGAGGAGGACAACGAGAAGAAGAAAUCGCCGUCGCCCCUUUUCCAACGGCCGAAUCCUGAUGACUGGGAUGCAAAAGAUGCGUGGAACGAACUGUACAAGAAGCAUAAUCCAAAGCCGCUAUCGACUGCUCCUACACCAGCGCCUACAAUUCAGGGCGUAUGA